UAAAGAUUUUAAGAGGAAAUCAGCUGCUUUGGCGUGCAAAAGGAUGUUUGGAGUUCACUCUGCGGAAGUAAUUGGGCAUAUCAUGACCGACAUAAAUAUUUACUAUGGUUUAAAUAGAAAAAACAUUGUUCUAUCCGUAACUGACAACGGGUCAAACUUUGUCAAAGCUUUUAAGGAAUAUGGAGUUGAUAAUGUCUCUGAGAUGGAAGACGACGGCGGCCAUGAUAUAUCAGAAUCCCAAAACAAGAUUUGCCUCCCUAAACACCACAGGUGCUCUAGCCACACAUUAAGUCUUCUGGCUACGUCUGAUUUAAUAAAAAUUUUGAAAGCCGAUGAAUCCCUAUUCCAGCGGAACAAUGUGGUAAGAAAUAUUUUAGUUAAUAUAUUUUAUACUAGAAUAUAAUUUAUUUAGGUGUUCAAAAAAUGCGAUAAUUUGUGGAAAAAAUGCAAAUGGCCAAAAAGUUCGGAAGUGAUACAGGAAACUUUAGGUGGAUGCCUCGUUGUGCCGGUUGUGACGAGGUGGAACUCGCUAUACGACGCCGUUGUUCGACUUCUCCAGCACAAGCCAAAACUGGAUGAGUUGUGCGAUAAAUUGAGCCUGCCGCGUUAUACAUCCUGUGAACUAUCAUAUUUGGAUACAUACAAGCUGAUUGUGGCGCCUAUUGCUCAGAGUCUGGAUUUUAUGCAAGGCGAACAGAGUAUUGGAUAUGGUUGCCUUUUGCCUACAAUUAUCACUCUGAGCAAUAAAUUGAUAAAAGUCCACCAGAAAAUCGAGCAUCCAUUCUCUACAAUUGCAUUAGAGCUGGAAAAGCAAUUAAGAAAACGAUUCCGAGCUUUCUUUGAAUUAAAUGAGGAGGCAGAUUUGGCGCUAGCUGCAGCUGCACUGAUUCCAAACGUAAAGUUGAGCUGGCUGAAAAUCUUACAAAAAACAUCACCGCAAUUUACAUAUACGCAUAUAACGGAAAGGGUUAUUCGUAUCAUCACUGAUUAUGCAAUCAAGCUGAACCUUCCUACAACAAACGAAAAUCAUAAAUGUGAGGGUUCGUAUACUGAAUCGGCCUUUUAUGAUUUCAGUGAUGGUGAAGGAAGUACUGCUUCAUUGACAAAAUUGACAGAGGAGGUUGAAGCAUGCAUUUCAUUUCGAAUAUGAUGCAUCAAUAUUUGAAUGAUGAUGAUAAAACUUCCAAUAUAUGGUUCAAAUAUCCCACAUUAAAGGACAUAGCACUGUUUUGCAACACGCCGCUUACGUCUUCAGGCCCUGUGGAGCGACUAUUUUCCUUUGCGGGCAUUAUUAAUAGUCCAAGGCGGAGUCGCUUGACUGACUUUUCUUUUGAAAAGCUCGUAUUGCUGAAAGCGAAUAUACUCGGUCAUUCUAAUAACUAAAUAGUUAGUACAUACGUUAAAUA